UGUAAUUGUAGUAUAAAAAAAUAGUCCAAGUGAAAAUAUUUAUGAAUUCACAUGAGAAAGCAGUUGAUGGAAGGGUGGGGGCAUUUAUUUAUAGUAUAAAUUUACAGCAAGAAAGUUAACUAGAGGAUUACAACUGGGGUUAAAACUCCCCAAAAACAAGUGGUUAAGAAGCACAACCACAAACACACAGAUUUUUAUUAUCUACAUUUUCAUCAUCAUCAUCAUCAUCAUCUUCUCCUUCAUCUCCUCUCUCUCUCUCUCUCUAGAUGGCUCAUGAAAAAACCCUAAUUACGAUCCUAAUCGAUUACUGUUGAUAAGCUGGAAGAGAAUCAAAAUCAGUGCAUGUGAGGUCUGUGGAAUUUUUAGAUGUUUAUUCAGCUGACAUGGACUUAGGCAAUUCGAGCGUGAAGACUCCGGAAGCAGAAUCCGAGACCCCGACCCGGAUCCAGCCCACCACCAAGUCCGCCUCCGCCUUCACCAACGGCGUGCUCAAGCGCCACGCGCCGCUGCAGCACUUCCACCACCACCCCGUCGUCGUCACCUACAAGGAAUGCCUGAAGAACCACGCCGCCACCCUGGGCGGCCACGCCGUCGACGGCUGCGGCGAGUUCAUGCCCUCCCCGGCCUCCAACCCGGCCGAGCCCACCUCCCUCAAAUGCGCCGCCUGCGGCUGCCACCGCAACUUCCACCGCCGCGACCCCGAGGAUCCCCUCCCGGUGCCCCCCGCCGCCACCCCGGCGCUCGAGUACCAGCCCCACCACCGCCACCACCCUCCCCCUCCCCGCGCCGGCGGCGGCAACAGCCCCAACAAUUCCCCGUCUCCGCCGCCGAUCUCCUCCUCCUACUACCCCUCCGCGCCGCACAUGCUCCUCGCCCUCAGCCACGGCCUGUCCGCGCCUCCCCCCGAUUCCAACCACCACUCCCCAAUCUCCGCCGCCAUUAACCCCGGCUCCACCCCCAUGCUCAGCUCCAGCAGCCGCAAGCGCUACCGCACCAAAUUCACCCAAUUUCAGAAGGAGAAAAUGCUCGAAUUCGCCGAGAAAGUGGAGUGGAAAAUGCAGAAGCGAGACGAGGACGCCAUCAACUCAUUCUGCGGCGAAAUCGGCGUCGACAAGGGCGUCUUCAAAGUGUGGAUGCACAACAACAAGAACACAUUCGGGAAGAAGGAUCAUCCGCCGCCGCCGCAUUUAUCUAACAGCAACACCACCACCGAAAUCUCCACUCCGCCCCCCGCCAACGGCAACGGCAACGGCUUGAGCUACUGCAACAUCAAGGAGGAUGUCCACGCCGCCGAGGAAUUGGGGCAUCAGCUCCAUCUCCAUGAUAAUCGAAGCUCUCACGCUCACGCUCACGCGCUUGGUACUAAUGGAUCUUCUUCUUCUUGAUCUUAAUCGCGACGGAUUUAAUAAAUAUUUUAGAUAGCGAGGCAAAGGGGGAAAAAAGGAAAUAUCGGAAUUGUGGGAUCGUUAAUUAGUUUCUUAAUUUCUGGCUUAUUUAGAUUUUUCAUCUUUUGUUUAAUUUUAGCUUUAUUAAUAUGACUAGCCAUGAUCAAAAUUUCUGAGGAUCAAACGAAAUGGAGCGAUUAUUAGAUAUAUGGUCA